GUCAUAGACUGAGGAAGGCGGAAAUCGACUUGAAAUACUAUUGUUAUCAGUGUUUAGCGGUGUUUAACCAGUUUAUUUUCCUAUACGUAAUAAUUUCAGCUCCUAUGAAGUGAUUUCAGAUCAUUAUCACCGCGUGACACUGAACGGAAUAGAUACAGGACCUUCACUUCCCGAACAUACCAUCAAAGAUUUGGUAAGCCAACUCAUGUUAACUUUUGAUGAUGCCUAAAAUUCUUACUGAAAUGAAAAAUGUUGGUAAACAUCUGAGAGCAACUCAUCACCUCUAUUUUCAAACAUCUUUUUUAAGACGAACAGUAGACAAAAACGUCUUCGCGGAUGUCCCUUGCAAAAAAUUUUGUCUGACAAAAUUUAGGAGCGCCUAUCUAUUCCAGAAUCCAUGACAAAAAUCUUGUGAUUACAUAUUGAUCAGGCAGUGUGCCCACUCCGAUUGCAUUGAAUUAUGGUGGGCUCCUGAUUCAGGCGAAAAAACUCCAAAUGACUACAAAAGACGUUUCCAUCUGAUCACGUUUGAUGGCUACGAGCAAUAUCGAGCUCAUGAAAUCAGAUAACUUUCUUAGAUGAGUCACAGACAUUUCUUGGUCAGCUGCUAAAACAAUGAAUGUGGGGGUCAAGUUUGUGCUUAUUUAUCUAUAUUUACACUCAAACCAACUAGUUUAAAUAAGAAUAAAGAGGAGGAAUAUUUUAUUCAGUUUGCCUGGUAAACAAGGAAGCUUUGUCUGAAAUUUUACAAAACUUAAAACUUUCGACAACUCGCGCCAAGAUCUAACAGUAAGCUGGAUAUUUUUAAUGCGAGGCUGAAUAAAACGAGAAAAGGCAUCAAUUAGAGUAUUUGCCGCCGUUUUCUGAAGUCCUUGAUUCUCGCCCUCUUUACAACUUCGACAUACAGUCGAACCUCGAUUAUCCGGACUCGGUGGGACUAGGGUAAAUAGUCCGGAUAAUCGAGAGUCCGGAUAAUCGAAAAUAUGAAUAUUAGUGAGACAAUGUAAACAAAAGAAAUAAAGAUAACACAUUUUUAAUUCUAAAAGUUAGCUUCAACAGAUCGCUUUCGCUUCGUAGACAUGUUGUCGUUUUGAGUUAUGAUCGUCUCGUGUGUUUACAUAACCCACGCUCAGCUUAGCAACAAAACAAUACUGAACAAAUGAAAAUUCAGCUGAAUGCAUUAGAAUACUUCUUGUCUCUUUUUGUCUCCGAGCGCUCGAUCUUUCGAAAGCGGAGCGUGUAAUGCGCUGUUUUAAACGCGAUUUUCCUGACUUUUAACAUAAUUUCUGAAAUUUUUUACCUCCUAAAGUUUUUAACAUCUAAGGUCAUUAAUAUUCAUGAAAAAACGGGACCAGAGAAAAAGUCCGGAUAAUCGAAAAGUCCGGAUAAUCGAUGUCCGGAUAAUCGAGGUUCGACUGUACCGCAUUUCUCAUGUUCUUCUAGAACUAUCGUCCGUUGAGAAAUCCAAUUCGCGGAACUCCAUUCGACGCCAGUUCUACUAUAAUAUUUAACUGCACUGGACCAGAGAAAGAAUUUCGAAGGAUUCACGUUACACUUGAAGGUCAUACGAACGGAGAGAAAAAACGUACGGCUUUUUCAAGAGAAUAUCAAAAUAUUCUCUUGACUUCUUCAGAUGGAUAAAAUUCCCACACAGCCCCAUACUGUUGUUAAACAAAUCUGUUUUCCCAAUGGCAAUGUAUUGUUUUUGUCAUUGUUUUCUCUAUCCAAGAACUGAAUGCAUAUUGUAGUAUGGGGCUGUGUGGAAAUUUUCGAGUACAUGUAAAUAAUUCUAGAUUUUUCUAGUUUAAUAUUAAACUCUUUGGUUUUGGAUCCUUUGUGUUCAGUCAUGGGUUAUCAUUUAAUUGGCCGCUCUGGCUGAAAGUAUAUUGGGUAAAAUUUCCGCACAGCUCCAUACUACAUUAUGCAUUCAGUUCUUGGAUAGAGAAAACAAUGACAAAAAAAUACAUUGCCAUUGGGAAAACAGAUUUGUUUAACAAUAGUAUGGGGCUAUGCAGAAAUUUUACCCCAGUUCAACUAUAAUAUUUAACUGCACUGGACAAGAGAAAAAAUUUUGAUGCUACACUCGAAGGUCAUUUGAAAGGCAAGAGAAAAACGUACGACUUUUUCAAGAGAAUAUUGAAAUUUUCUCUUGGCUUAUUAAGAUGGGUAAAAUUCCCACAUAGCCCCAUACUGUUGUUAAACAAAUCUGUUUUCCCAAUGGCAAUGUAUUGUUUUUAUCAUUGUUUUCUCUAUCCAAGAACUGAAUGCAUAAUGUAGUUGGGGACUGUGCGGAAAUUUUACCAUUCUAGUGUAAACAAUUCUAGAUUUUUCUCAUUUAAGAUUAAAAUCUUCAGUUUUGGUUCUUCUGUGUUUGGUCUUGGCACAGAACCCGUACUACAUUAUACAUUCAGUUCUCAAUAGAGAAAACAAUGACAAAAACAAUACAUUACCAUUGGGAAAACAGAUUUGUUUUACAAUAGUAUGGGGCUGUGCGGAAAUUUUACCCCACGCUGUGAGUUAAUAUUUACCAUUCAAUUGUAAGCAAUUCUAGAUUUUUCUUGUUUAAGAUUAAACUCGGUAAAGUUUCCACACAGCUCCAUACUACUGUAAAACAAAUCUGUUUUCUCAAUGGAAAUGUAAUGUUUUUGUCAUUGUUUUCUCUACUCAAGAACUAAAUGCAUAAUGUAGGAUGAGGUUGUGCGGAAAUUUUACCUAUUAGGUAAAAUUUCUGCACAGCCCCACACUACACUAUGCAUUCAGUUCUUGGAUAGAGAAAACAAUGACAAAAACAAUGCAUUGCCAUUAGGAAAACAGAUUUGUUUUACAGGGCGUGAAAUUGCGCCUAAUACAGGCGCCAAUGUGACUAAAUUUUUUACUUUGGUGACCAAAUCCUGAAAAUUAGUUGCCAAAUUGGCAACCAGAAUGUUUCAUCAUAACCUUACCUAGAGAUAUAGUAAAUUAAAAAGAUUUGCAAAGAUAAAUCCGAGGCAAACUUCCUCGUUAAAUUUGUUUCCAAAACGCAGCACAUGCAUCAAGAUCGAUCACUAGACGCCAUCUUGGAUUUAGGUGAGCUUGAACGUUGCAUAUCAUCCAUCCUAGUGUCCACUUUGUAUCACGUUAAAGAUCUUUUCCCUAACUUAAUUUCUAGAACGAUGACAGCGUAAAAAAAGGGUUUGUUUGUCUUUGAAAAUGGCGACCAACUUCUUUUGAAUUGGCUACCACUUUGAAGAAUUUAGGAGCCAAGUGGCUAUCAGAAAAAAAAAAUUAAUUUCACGCCCUGUUUUACAAUAUUAAGGGGCUGUGUGGAAAUUUUACCCUACACUCUAAGUUAUAAUAUGAAAAAGAAAGAUUUUGUUGAUAACUGCAUAUAGGAACCUUGCUUUCUGUUUAGACUGUUUCUUGGGUCCUGUUGGAGUAAAUUACAUUUUCUCAGCGAUCUAGAUAUUGUAGGAUAAGGAUAAAUUUAGGAGUGCCUAUUUAUUUCAGAAUCCAUGACAAAAAUCUUGUGAUUACAUAUUGAUUGUACACAUGACAAAACUAUGUCAUAGCUUUUCAUAAAUAUUUACCCUGCAGGUAAUUGUGAAACAAUUUGUCAAAUCUUUAGCACUUUUAAAAUAACCUUUUUUUUUGCACUGAAGUACCUCUCCUCUACAUUGUUACCUGAAAACUUCAUUCUCUUUGCUGAUCAGAAGGAACAAAUUUUACUUUAUAAAAAAGGCAAUAUGAUUACAUGCCAGGAACAGUAAUUUCCAGUGGUCAUUUAAUAUAGUGAUCUACAGUUAAUAAUUUAAAACAUUUUUUGUAAAUAAGUAAUGAAAGUAAUUAAUUUUCUUGUGAUUUUUAUUUUAGCAACUUCCUGUCCAACAUAAAAGGUUCCUGCGAUGUCGGAACAAUCAAAGGUAGCAUAUCAAACAACUGCUUCUGAAAAUCACAGCUGCGACCAAGUUGUUUUGUUCACUCUAGUGUCAUUUCAUUUUAAAGAAACUUCACUUCACUUCACAUCAGUGCAUCCCUGCCAACUCUCUCACUUUAGGAGCAAAUUACUUGCCUACAGAUACAAAACUUUGCAACUACAUAUUACUGGUGUUUACCAAGUAGGAGGUUGAUGAGGAAAAAAACAUUUAUAAGAGAGUAAAAUAAGUUCACAUCAGUUUAAGAUUAAGAGUCCAAAUAGAUGACUGUAGUAAGUUUUUAUUUUUGGAUGAUCGAAGCUAAGGAAAAAUAUGUUCUAGGUCUCAUGUUUCACACUUUUUUAAGAUAAUAAAGGAUCAUACAAGUUGGUUAGUAUUGAAUGACUUAAAGUUUGCUAUAUCAUGCAAAACCAAACUCUGAAUAUUUGACAAGGAAAAACUUGUGUGUGACAAUUUUUGUGUGAUAUCAACCAGUAACGAAUGCAGGUCACUUCUUAGAUUAUGAGAUUACACAGUUGUAUCACACUAACUCCACUAUCCUUAACAAUUGUUCUUUACCGUCUCACAGAAAUUUUGCUCAUAAGUUUGGUGAGUUUGUGAAGUUACUAAAAGAAUUGGAAAUCAUGAAGUGUCUUUUAAAAGUAAAAAUAAUUCAUAAAUUAGUUUUUUUAUAUUCAUAUACCUUCAAUUGUAUUUUUCUAAGUCACAAAAAUCUUGUGCUCACAGAACAAUGCUGAGGAAAGAAAACUGAGAGUAACCCUUUUGAGUGCUGAAUGGAAAGCAUCAAUCAAUGGAGACUUGACAACCAUCAACAGAGAGCUAGCAAUACAGAUGGCUAAACAUCCCAAUGUGGAAGUCAGUGUCUUCUUACCUCAGUGUAGUGAAGAGGACAAGAGAGAUGCUGAUAGUUAUGAUGUUAAACUCAUUGAAGCAGUUAAACUGGGUGGUUUUGAACCAGUUGAUUGGCUAGCCUCUGUACCUGAAGGCCAUACUAUGGAUUGUGUUCUAGGCCAUGGAGUAGCUCUUGGUCGGCAAAUUCAAAUCAUAAAGAGAAAUUCCAAUUACAGUCAUUGCAAAUGGAUUCAAGUUGUCCAUACUGCCCCUGAAGAAAUUGGCAUGUUCAGAGACAUUUCUCAAGGUCAACAAAAGCAGCAAACAGAAAUAGAAUUAUGUCAAAUGGCAGAUCAAGUUGUAACAAUUGGCCCCAAGCUAACCGAGGCAUAUAAGAACCAACUCAGAAAACAAGAUGUUUUUAACCUGACGCCGAGCAUUUUUGCGGAAUUUUCAGAUGUGCAGCAAGCAAGUGAGGAAGGAACAAGAUUUUGUGUCUUGGUAAUUGAGAGUGGUGAUAGUGAAGAUUUUGAUGUCAAAGGGUACGAUAUCGCAGCGAAAGCUAUUGCUGACCUAAAGGAUAAAUCCUACCAACUGAAGUUUGCUUCUAAACAGAAAGGAAAAGAAGGUGAAUUAGCAGACAGGUUACUUCAUUGUGGUAUUGGUCGUAAUCAGCUAAGUAUCAGCAGUUUAGAUGGAAACAGGGAAACAUUGGCAAACUUAUUCUCUUUUGUGGAUAUUGCCAUAUUGCCCUCAAAAACUGAGGGAUUCGGGUUGAGCGCUCUAGAGGCCAUAUCUGCUGGUCUUCCAGUACUUGUCAGUGAUAACUCAGGAAUUGCAGAAGCCUUAAAGGAGGUGUGUAAUGGGUCACAGUGUAUAGUGGAUUCAGAGGAUCCUGCAGACUGGGCCAGAGCAAUAAAGGCUGUGCGUAACAAAAAAAGAUAUGUACGACUUGCAGAGGCUAAGUCUCUUCGUGAAAAUUAUUUGCAGCAGUUCAGCUGGGAGACGCCUUGUGAUUUCCUUGUCGAAAAGAUGUACAAUCUUGCAUUUGGUAAGCUUUUCUCAUCUUGCAUUAGGAAUGCAGAAGUUUUAAUCAAAUUUGAAAUAAUGACAAAGCUCACAUGUUCUGCAUUAAAUAUUCAAUUUGCCAGUCAGCAGUUGUUUCUAAAUGCUAUAGGGACAGUAGUCUUAUGGAAUAUGACAAAUUUACAUGUAAGAAAACUAGUAAUCAAAGGCUACAAGUUGGUGUUAAUGGUCAUACCAUGUUACUGUUAUUAAUAAUAAUGUUGGCCAAAAAUUGUAGUUUGUGACAAGUUUAUGUGAGACUUCCACAUUUAGAUGUUUUCAAAUCUUUACUUCAGGAAAGAAGCAAACUUCAGAACAUGAAAAUGGAGGGGCAUGUUCAUCCAGUGGUAAGAGCCAUAGAGAAUUAGCACUGACUGAUCAUGUUCAUCAGUAUGAUGAUGUCUUUGCAAAUUUUGUGGAAAGUCAGUGUUCAUUUUUUGCAAUAUUUUAUCCUUACCUAUAAUGUACUCAGUUGUCCUUAAUCAGUGUGACUCCACUAAACCUUUGUCAAAAAAUUCUUUCUGGUUGAAAUCCAAAAUCUUGCACCUUUAAAGGCAAGGAGUAUAAAACUAGAGUUAAGAGGCAUGUUCAUCCAGUGGUAAGAGCCAAAGAGAAUUAGCACUGACUGAUCAUGUUCAUCAGUAUGAUGAUGUCUUUGCAAAUUUUGUGGAAAAUCAAUGUUCAUAUUUGAUAUUUUAUUAUUACCUAUAAUGUAGCACUCAGUUGUCCAUAAUCAAUGUGACUUCACCAAACCUUUAUCAAAUUCAUUUUCCAAAAAUCCAAAAUCAUCCGGCUUCAUAUGCUUUUCUCCAGAUCCUGGGUUCAUUUCAUUGCAGCUCUAAAAUUAAGUUAACAAAAUAACAAAUGGAUGAUCAUUCUAGCAAUUCAAGUUCCAAGACAGAAGAGAGCCAUAUUUUUCCUUGACUGCUAAAAUUAAACAUGAAUUGUUAUGCAUGUACCUCACAGAAAAUGCCAUUUUGAUGGCAUCCUCCUAAACUUUUGGAUUCACUUUAAUUACUUAAUACUCUACCUGCAGACUUAGGGGCAAGACUAAUUGUCCAGAGGAGUGAAAACUCUGAUGUUCAUCAGUGUACAGUGACUGAACAAGAACAAGAGCCUUCUGUCAAAGAAAUUGAGCUUCAAGGUGUCAUCAGAGAUAGGAAACGUAGACCUCCUAACCCAAGCAAUGUUAACACUGUUGUGAAGAAAAAAAGGGAGGUCUCUGAGGAGGUAUCAGACCCAGUUCCUGGUCCAGGUAUAUUUUAUACCAUUCCAUUCCAUCAAUCAAUCCACUAAUUAAUCCAUCCAUCCAACCAUAAUAACUCACAUCUUUCUGUCAUCAAUUUGUUAAUCAAACAAUACAUGUAUGUCCAACAAUGAAAAAAUCAAUAGCAUGUAUCAUUUCCACCAAGUAAAAAAAGAAUUUUUCCCAGUUGAAAUCCAAAAUUUUGCACCUUCAAAGGAAAAGAAUAUAAAACUUGAGUUAAGAUAUGGUUUUAUUUAAGAAGAGGCUGGAAAUUAGAUCAUGCAGUGGUGUUACUUCCAUGCUGUGGUGUGGUGAGCAAAUAGUUUGGGUGAGGAAAGCUUCAUGAAAGAAAUCUGUCAUUAACAGUUUUUCAGAGGAUUAGAGAAUUUAUUGCAGUAAUUUCACUCAACAUAACUUUGUUUGGUGGGUUGGGAACCUUGUGUCACCUAGAAGGGAGGACUGACCCACAGAGUUUUCAAUAAAUCACUUUAAGUGAUCUAAAAGGAUUAAUUGGCGUGCAUGCUGCCAGUGUUCAGAAUGUAAAGUUGAUUCUCUGGGUGCAUCUGUUUUGGAUUUAAACUGCAAAAAAAUGUAAACUAUUAACAUUAAUUGUUGUAUUUAUCAACAGCUGCUGUUGAACAUGCUCUGAGCAUUCUUGAGGACAUGAAUUCUUUUGCUGAUAACAACACUCAAUCAAUUCCCUUGCCAGCCACAGAAAUUUCUAACAUGAAAGGAAGUGUGUCUGUUGAAACCAGUGGGUGGAAUUCCUUACACUGUGCUGCAAAGGUUGGUAAUGAAGUUAUAAUUGAGACUUUGCUAUCAUCUGGAUUAGACAUAAAUUCAAGGGGUAAAGAUGGGACAACACCCUUAAUGAUGGCAGCCGCUACAGGACAAGAGAAGACAGUAAACCUUCUUCUCAGCAAGGGAGCUGAUCCACACCUUAAAAACUUUAUGGGAAGAAAUCUGCUUCAUGCAGCAGCUGAAGGUGGCAACUCUUCCAUUGUGAUGAGAGCGCUCUCUUAUGACAUUGACAUUAAUUCAAAAGAUGAUGAUUGUUCAGCCACCCCAUUGAUAAUAGCUGUUAAGCAAAACCAUAUUGAAGUUGUGAAAUAUCUUCUUCAAAAGGGUGCAGAUAUAUCUUUGACAACUGAAGAUAUAAAGAGGAAUGCUUUACACAUUGCAUCACAGGAAGGAAGUGUUGCAGUAAUUGAGAUGUUACUCUCCUAUGAUCUCAGACCUGAUUCACGAGAUGGUGAGGGAAACACGCCAUUAGCCUGUGCUGCAGCUUGUGGACAGAUAGAGGCUGUAAACUGUCUUCUUAAACAUGGAGCAGAUCCAUUACUGAAAGGGCAAGAUGGACGGAACCUUCUCCAUUUUGCUGCUCAGUCUGGCAAUGUCACCAUUAUUGAGACCAUGCUUUCUAAAGGUCUUGAUAUUGAUGCCAGAGAUGAAACUCAGGGUGUAACCCCUCUAAUGGUUUGCACUAAAUUUGGCAAAUUGGAGGCAUUAAAAUAUCUGCUUGAGAAGGGUGCUGAUAAAAGUUUGAAAACCACUCCGGGAAAAGUCCCUCUUUUGUCCAUUGCAUCAGCAGCUGGUUCUAUUGCAGCCAUUGAGAUGCUGCUCUCACAUGGUUGUAACAUUGAUGCUAGAGAUAGUGAGGGAGACACACCAUUGGGGCAUGCUGCACGUCUUGGAAAUACAGAGGUUGUAGAAUAUCUUCUUGCUCAAGGUGCUAAUCCAUUACUUCAAAAUAACUUAGAACUUGGUCUGCUCCAUUUAGCUGCUCUUUCUGACAAUGCUCUUACUAUUGAGGCUGUGCUCUCUAACAAUUUUGACAUAAAUGCUAGAUGUAGUGCUGCUGGUUUAACACCACUGUUGACUUGCUUGGUACAGGGCAAAUUGAAGGCUGCAAACUAUCUGCUUGAUAGGGGUGCUGAUGAAUAUUUGAAAGGUGAGAACGGGUUGACUGUUCUAUCUGCUGCAGCAAUCAGUGGUAACGUUGCAGCCAUUGAGAUGCUGCUUAAGCGUGGUCACAACCCUAAUUCCAGGGAUGGUGAUGAUAAGACACCCUUAAUGUGGGCUGCAGAGAUGGGAAAAAAAGCAGCUGUAGAAUAUCUUCUUCCUCUCACACACUAA